GAACAAAGGCGCCUUUCCUGUGGGGGGGGAGGGGCGGGGCCCCCCCCGCGACCCCCGCGACCCCCGCGGGGGAGGGGCGGCCGCCACCGACCCCGAACGCGCCCGAAGCGCCCCAAAAACGGCCGGGACCCCCCGGACCGCGGGAAACACCGAAAUCUGGGAACCCCAAAUCCCUGGGACCCCUCCGAGAGAUUUUGGGACCCUCCGGGAGCUUUCGGGACCCUCUGGAUUUUUGGGAUCCCCCCGAAUUCCCGAGACCCUCCCAGAUUUUUGGGUCUCCGCGGAUUUUUUGGGACCCUCCGGGAGUUUCUGGGGUCCCCCCAAGUGUUUUUGGGACCCUCCUGAUUUCCUGGGAGUUUUUGGGAACCUCAAAGGAUUUUUGGGACCUCCGGGAGCUUCUGGGGUCCCCCCCAAAGAGAUUUUGGGACCCUCCGGGAGUUUUUGGGACCCUCCUGAAUUUUUUGGGGAUCCCCCAGGAGAUUUUGGGACCCUCCGGGAGUUUUUGGGACCCUCCUGAAUUUUUUGGGGAUCUCCCAGGAGAUUUUGGGACCCUCCGGGAGUUUUUGGGACCCUCCUGAAUUUUUUGGGGAUCUCCCAGGAGAUUUUGGGACCCUCCGGGAGUUUUUUGGACCCUCUGGAUUUUUGGGGACCCCCCAGGAGAUUUUGGCACCCUCCAGGAGUUUUUGGGACCCUCUGGAUUUUUGGGAUCCCCCCGCGUUCCUGAGACCCUCAGGGGUUUUUGGGAUCUCCCCAGGAUUUCUGAACCUCGGAUUUUUGGGACCCCCCCCCCCUCCGGGGAUUUUUGGGAUCUCCUGAGAGUUUUUGGGACCCCCCCGGAUUUCGGGGCCCCCCGGCCAUGGGGCUGUGGCUGUUCUGGCUCUGGGUCCCCCUGGGGCUGGCGGAGGAGGAGACGCUGCUGGACACGCGGCUGGAGACGAGUGACCUGCACUGGACUGUCCACCCGCAGGGGGAGGGGCAGUGGGAGGAGCUGAGCGCGCUGGACGCGGAGCUGGGCGGGGCCGUUCGCACCUUCGAGGUUUGCUCGGGGCGGGGCCGGCCCGGGGCCCCCCCGAACGGGCGGGACCCCCCCCAGCCCGGCCGGGACCCUCCCCCCCAGAACAGCUGGCUCCGGUCCCGCUGGGUCCCCCGCGGCGCGGCCACCACGGUGCUGGCCGAGAUCCGCUUCACCGUGAUGGCGUGUGACAGCCUCCCCGGGCCCGCCCGGCCCUGCAAGGAGACCUUCGGGGUCUUCUACCACGAGUCGGACGCCGACACCGCCACGGCCACGUCGCCGCCCUGGAUGGAGAACCCCUACGUCAAGGUGGACACGGUGGCGGCCGAGCACCUGGCGCGGCCCGGGGGUGGCCCGAGGGGGCCGCAGGGCCGGGUCAACCGCAAGGUCCUGCGGCUGGGCCCGCUGAGCCGCGCCGGCUUCUACGUGGCCUUCCAGGACCUGGGCGCCUGCAUGGCGCUGCUGUCCGUGCGCCUCUUCUUCCGCCGCUGCCCCGCGGCCACCGCGCGCCUCGCCCGCUUCCCGGCCACCGUCCCCGCCGAGCUGGUGGCCCCCGUGGCCGGGGCCUGCGUGGCCGGAGCGGUGCCGGCCGCGGAGGGGGUGCCGCUGAUGUACUGCCGGGAGGACGGGCGCUGGGCCGAGCCCCCCGCGCUGGGCUGCGUCUGCGGGGCGGGGAUGGAACCCAGCGAGGGCGCGGGGGUGUCGGCCCUGUCCCCCCGAGACGUUCAAGGCGGAGCCGGGGGGGGGUCGGUGCCAGCCCUGCCCCCCCCAGAGCGAAGCCCCCUCCCCCGGAGCCCCCUCCUGUCCCUGCCGCCCCGGAUUCUUCCGAGCCCCCGGAGAGGGACCCCCGGAUCGCUGCUCCGCCCCCCCUCGGCCCCCCCGCGCCCUGGUCGCCCAUGUGAACGGGUCAGCUGUCCGGCUAUCCUGGAGCCCCCGCGGGCCGGGGGGGACCGGCCGGACCUGCGGUACCACGUGGGGGUGCCGGGCGUGCCCCCCCCCCCCGCGGGACCCCCCCCCUCGUGCGGGCCCUGCGGGCCCCUGGCCUGGGCGCCCCCCCCAGGGGCUGCGGACCCCCCGCCGUCAGCGUGGCCGGGCUGCGGCCGAGGGUCACCUACAGCUUCAGGGUCAGCGCCCGCAGCGGGGUCACCCCCCCGGGCCCCCCCCGAGCCCCCCGCGCCGAGAUCAACGUCACGGCCGGGGGCUGACGUGCCGCCCCCCGUGUCCGACGUGGUCCGGGUCGGGGGGGGUCCUGGGGGGGUCACUCUGGCCUGGCCAGCCCCCCCCGGGGGCCCCCCCGGCCCCCCCGUGCUGGACUACGAGGUCAAGUACUACGAGAAGUUGGGGGGCGGGGAGGGGCCCCCCCAGUUCCUGAAGGUGCCGCGGCCGCGGGCGGAGCGGGGGCUGCGCCGGGGGGGCCUCUAUGGGGUCAGGGUCCGCGCCCGCUCCGAGGGCGGCUACGGCGACUUCGGGCCCGAGACCACCGUGAGUGCCCCGGGCAGUGAGGGGUCCCGGGGGGGUCCCGGGGGCGUCGUGGCCGGAGCCGCUGCCCUGGGGGGGCUCCUGGUGCUGGCCUUGCUGGGGGGGGCCCUGGCCGGCCUCAGGCGGUGGCGGCUCCGGGCAGAGAAGCAGCGACGCGGCCCCGGCCCCACCCCUGGGGGGCUCGGCGGGAAGCUCUACAUCGACCCCCUGACCUACGAGGACCCCGAGGUGGCCCUGAGGGACUUCGCGCAGGAGAUCGACGUCACCUGCGUCACCAUCGAGGAGGUCAUCGGCGCAGGCGAAUUCGGCGAGGUGUGGCGCGGCCGCCUGUCCCUGCCGGGCCAGCCCGAGGCCGAGGUGGCCGUGAAGACCCUCAAGGGGGGCGCGGGCGAGCGGCAGCGCCGGGAGUUCCUGCGCGAGGCCGCGCGCAUGGGGCAGUUCCGCCACCCCAACGUGGUCCGGCUGCGCGGAGUGGUCAGCGCGGGGCCCCCGGCCAUGAUCGUCACCGAGUUCCUGCUGCACGGCGCCCUGGACGCCUUCCUCAGGGGCCGGGAGGGGACGCUGUCCCCGCUCCAGCUGGUGGCCAUGCUGCGCGGGAUCGCGGCUGGGAUGCGCUACCUGGCCGAGGCCGGCUUUGUCCACCGGGAUUUGGCCGCCCGGAACAUCCUGGUGGACGCUCACCUGGUCUGCAAAGUGUCCGACUUCGGCCUGUCCCGGGCGCUGGACGGGGACAGGGACAGCGACCCCACCUACACCAGCUCCCUGGGCGGGAAGAUCCCGAUCCGCUGGACAGCCCCCGAAGCCAUCGCGUUCCGCACCUUCACCUCGGCCAGCGACGCCUGGAGCUACGGGAUCGUCAUGUGGGAGGUGCUGAGCUUCGGGGAGCGGCCCUACUGGGACAUGUCCAACCAGGACGUGAUCAAUGCCAUCGAGCAGGACUACCGGCUGCCGCCCCCGCCCCGCUGUCCCCCGCCCCUGCACCGCCUGAUGCUGGACUGCUGGCAGCGUGAGCGCAGCGCCCGCCCCACCUUCCCCCACAUCGUCCGCGCCCUCGACCGCCUCAUCCGGCGCCCCGAGAGCCUCCGCGUGGCCCCCCCGGACCCCCACGGCUCCUCCCCGGCCUGCCUGGAGCAGCGCGGCGCCCCCGGGCCCACUUCCCCCGGGCCCGCCCCCGCGGCCCCCCCCGGGCCCUCGGUGGGGGAGUGGCUGCGGGGCCUGGGGCUGGGCGGGUACGAGGAGCCGUUCUGCAGCGCGGGCGUCACCGGGCUGGAGCUGCUGCCGCGGCUGCGCAGCGAGGACCUGCUGCGCAUGGGGGUGACGCUGGCCGGGCACCAGCAGAUGAUCCUGGAGGGCGCCCAGAGCCUGCGGAGCCCCCCCAAAGGGGACCCCCAGUGCUGACACCGCCCCCGGCCCCGCCCACGGCAAGAUGGCUGCCAGGGACUGGCACUAAGGGACUCAGCUGGCUGGGGGAGGAAGAUGGCUGCUGGGAAAAUAUGGCCACCAGGACAAUAUGGCUGCCAUUCCAACAUGGCUGUCAUUCCAAGAUGGCCACCAGGACAAUACGGCUGCCAGGACAAUAUGGCUGCUGCUCCAAUAUGGGCACUGUUCCAUUAUGGCUGCCAGGACAAUAUGGCCACCAAUCCAAUAUGGCUGCCAUUCCAACAUGGCUGCCAAUCCAAUAUGGCUGCCAUUCCAACCUGGCUGCCAUUCCAACAUGGCCGCCAUUCCAAUAUGGCUGCCAUUCCAAUAUGGCUGCCAUUCCAACAUGGCCGCCAUUCCAACAUGGCCGCCAUUCCAAUAUGGCUGCCAUUCCAACAUGGCCGCCAUUCCAACAUGGCCGCCAUUCCAACAUGGCCGCCAUUCCAAUAUGGCUGCCAUUCCAACAUGGCUGCCAUUCCAACAUGGCUGCCAUUCCAACAUGGCCGCCAUUCCAAUAUGGCUGCCAUUCCAACAUGGCUGCCAUUCCAACAUGGCCGCCAUUCCAAUAUGGCUGCCAUUCCAACAUCGCCACCAUUCCAAUAUGGCUGCCAUUCCAACAUGGCCGCCAUUCCAACAUGGCUGCCAUUCCAAUAUGGCUGCCAUUCCAACAUGGCUGCCAUUCCAAUAUGGCGCCGCCUGCCAAUGACCCGAUGGGCGGGGCCUGGAUGGGGGCGAUCCAGGGGGCGGAGCCUGCGAGGGCGUGGUCACCAACGGGCGUGGUCCAAUCACGAAUGGGUGGUGCCAGCGUGGCCGUGGUUGGGUGGGCGUGGCCACCACUGGGUGGGGCCUCCGGUGCUUUUAUUGAACCUUUCUGUCCCCAAUUCCGGGCGGCAGCCAAUAAACGCAGCCAAUGCAAAUGGG